AUGCCGGCCGAAUGCUUCACUUGCAGGCAUCAGCGUUCAGAUACUUGGGAAACACUGGCAGGAGGUUUCUGGAACUUGCCCAGCAGUCACAAGAUCCCGGUGAUCAUCGAACGCUACAAGGGGGAGAAGCAGCUGCCAGUCCUGGAUAAGACCAAGUUCUUGGUCCCAGACCAUGUCAACAUGAGCGAGCUGGUCAAGAUCAUCCGGCGCCGCCUGCAGCUGAACCCCACGCAGGCCUUCUUCCUGCUGGUGAACCAGCACAGCAUGGUGAGCGUGUCCACGCCCAUCGCCGACAUCUAUGAGCAGGAGAAGGACGAGGACGGUUUCCUCUACAUGGUCUACGCCUCCCAGGAAACCUUCGGCUUCUGAGCCAGCAGUAGGGGGGAGGCCCGACCUGGGAGCGGGGAGGCCAUCGGGGUUCGCCUAGGGAGCCCGUCUUCUCACUGAAUUGCCUCUGCCCCUGGUGGGCUGGGCAGGGGCCAGUCUCCCUAGGUGGGGGCACCAACCAUGCUUACUCUGCCCCUGGGUGGAUCCCGGGCCAGUCACGCCAGGGUUGCUCCUCUGGGUGCUGGCUGGGGUGGGAAAAAUGGGGAGCAGCCUCUCUGUGCCGUUUGUCUUUUUUUUUAGGACCCUGCCUGUCAGCCCAUGUGCCCCUCACCCACCCGAGGCGCUGUCCCCUGCCUGGACCUGUUCAUCCCCGAAGGACUGACCCCUACCUUCCCCAGUCUUGACAUGGUGUAUAGAUCUGUGGUCGUUGUCCCUCUGCAGAAUAAAGAUUGCUCAGGCCUGCCUGGC